AUGGCUCCAGGCGCUCUCAUCGACGAGUCUUCACACACUGCCCUCCCCCAAAUCAAAAGCAGUGAAGCUCCUCGUUCAAUCUUCCCCGAUGGAAUUCGUACCUCGGGCCAACACCCUCCUCUCUAUGAUGCCCUAAAACCCUACUCCGAGUUCCCCCAGGAGAUCACAGGCCCUACACUCUGGAAGAAGGAGGAUUAUGAGAACAAGCCAGAGCGAUGGACACAUCCAUUCACAGACGAAGAGAUUCAAGAACUCAGUGAUACCGCUGAUGCUUUCAUCGCCAGCGGCACACCCCUCACUGGUAUCUCACAGUCAAACUUCCCUCUACCCAAGCUAGGCAAGGUCCUCCAGACUCUACGGGAAGACCUCCUCAACGGAAAGGGCUUCAUCCUCUUCAAGCGUUUCCCCGCUGGUGAAUGGGGUCCUCUGAAGAACGCCGUAGCAUACAUGGGUCUCGGCACAUACAUCGGCUACUUCGUCUCGCAAAACGGCCUGGGCCAUGUGCUGGGCCACGUCAAAGACGUCGGCGACGACGCGACGCAGAUCGACCGCGUGCGCAUCUACCGCACCACAGCGCGCCAGUUCUUCCACGCCGACGACUCCGACAUCGUCGGUCUGCUGUGCGUGCACCGUGCCAAGGAGGGCGGCGAGAGCGACAUCGUCAGCAUCCACAACGUCUGGAACGACCUGCAGAAGAAUAACCCCGACGUCGCCGAGACGCUCACACAGCCUAUCUGGUACUUCGACCGUAAGGGCGAGACGUCAGAGGGUGAAGAGGAGUGGAUUCGCAACCCCAUCUUCUACAUCGAGAACGGUGGCGAGGGCCGUGUGUACUGCAAGUGGGAUCCUUACUUUGUCAAGUCCCUCACGCGGUUCUCUGACAAGGGUCUUGUUCCUGCUCUGAGCGAGAAGCAGACGCAUGCUCUGACUGUUCUGGAGGAAACAUGUCAGAAGCUGGCUCUGCAUAUGGUUCUUGAAGUUGGUGAUAUUCAAUUCGUCAGCAACACUCACCUCCUCCACGCCAGAACGGCAUACACAGAUCACCUUCCCCCUAUUCCCCGAAGACAUCUACUACGUCUAUGGCUCUCGACACCAGAGACUGAGGGUGGAUGGGCUCUUCCCUUCCACGACAGCAAGGAGAAGAAGCGAGGAGGUAUCCAAGUGAAUAACACAGCACCUCGAUGCCCUCUGGAUGCAGAGUAA